AACUCAACUGUCAACCACAGAGGAGAGCUGCAGUUGCAUCUUCCUGAUUCUGGAAAUGGAUCAGUGUUUGUUAAUUCAUCUGCUCCUGUUGAUGGCUAGCAAUGGAUUAUGUCAAAAAGAGGAAGUCUGCUCAAAGUCUGUGAUCAACUCCUGUAGUGACUGUAUCAGAUCUGGGCCAUACUGUGUGUGGUGCCAACAGCUGAAUUUCACCAAAGCAGGUGAGCAGGAAGCAGCACGCUGUGACACCCGGGCUCAGUUGCUGGAGAGAGGCUGCGAGGUGGAAGAAAUCAUCUCCCCUGAGAACAAUAUAAACACUGUCAAGAAUGAUCCUCUGACCACGUCAUUUGACAAGCAGGAGCCUGUCCAGCUGAGUCCACAGAAGAUUAGGCUGAAACUGCGACCUGGGCUUCCUUCCGCAUUCAAUGUGUCUUUUAAAAGAGUUCAGGGUUAUCCAGUUGAUCUCUACUACCUGAUGGACCUGUCUUACUCCAUGAAAGAUGACUUGGAAAAUGUCAAAGAGUUGGGACAAGAUCUUUUUAAAGCUCUGAAAACCAUUACUAACUAUGCAAAAAUAGGGUUUGGUGCGUUUGUUGAUAAGACAGUCCUUCCUUACACUAACACCAACAAGGAGAAACUGCAGAAACCAUGUGAUGAGAAUGACCAGCAGUGUCAGGCUGCCUUUGGCUACAGACAUGUGCUUAGUAUGACAUCAAGUCAGGAAGAGUUCAAGAAUAAAGUGAGAGAGCAAUUCAUUUCUGGGAAUUUGGACUCUCCUGAAGGGAGUCUUGAUGCCAUGAUGCAGGCUGCUGUAUGUGGGGAAAAAAUAGGUUGGAGGAACAGCAGCACUCGGCUGAUUGUGCUGACCACUGAUGCUGGGUUCCACAUGGCCGGAGAUGGAAAAUUAGCCGGUAUACUGGAGCCAAAUGAUGAAGACUGCCACAUGAAAGACAACCUUUAUGCCAAGAGCAGUGAGAUGGAUUACCCAUCUGUUGGACAACUAGCUAUGCAGUUGGAGAAAAACAAUAUUCAGCCAAUAUUUGCAGUGACACAAAAUGUGGAGACAGUGUACAAGCAACUCUCUAAAAUGAUUCCAAAAUCUGAGGUGGGAGUUCUGUCAUCAGAUUCUAAAAAUGUUGUUGACUUGAUUAAAAGCGCCUACAAUAGAUUGUCCUCCAAAGUAACUGUGACCCAUGACAAUGUCCCUGACAAUGUAAGAGUUGUCUACACCCCAAUAUGUACUGAUCCAGGACCAUCACAGCACAGCGAGGGGAUAUGUGACAAAGUCCCUGAAAACAAAAUGAUUUCCUUUGAAGUCACUGUGACAGCAUUCGAAUGUAUGGAGGACAAGUCUUUCACUAUCAGACCACUGGGCAUUAAAGACACAUUGACAGUGACCUUGUCUACAAACUGUGAGUGUGAAUGUAAAACUCACAAUGACAAACGUGAGUCGCAACACUGCAAAAGCGAGGGAAGUAUCAAGUGUGGUAUUUGCAGCUGCAAAGAGGGCUUUGUCGGACAGUUCUGCGAGUGCUCCAUUAAUGAGAGAGAGGAGCGCGCCAGGCGAUCAUCCUGUCAGAGGCAAAAUGGCACUGAGUGUGAGGGUCGAGGAGACUGUGUGUGUGGCAGGUGUAAGUGCCACACCACAGAGAGUGGAAAGAGUUACCAUGGUGACUACUGUGAAUGCGACGAUGAACACUGUGAGAAGUUCCAGAAUAAACUAUGUGGAGGAAACGGUAAAUGCAACUGUGGUAAAUGUGAAUGCGACCCAGGCUUUGAGGGUUCAGCCUGUCAGUGUAAGGUGUCUACGGAGGGCUGUCUUACCCUUAACAACACUGUGUGCUAUGGCCGAGGGAGCUGCAAGUGUAACCGCUGUGAGUGUAACGAGGGAUACCAGCGUCCACGAUGUCAGACAUGCCUGGGCUGCCCUGACCCUUGCCAGACCAAAAUGAACUGCAUUGAAUGCCUUGGCUUCAACUCAGGUCCCUUCAAAAAAAACUGCAGUGUGGCUUGCAGCAAGAACAUUUAUCAUCGGAUGGUAGACAAGUUUACCAUGUCAAGCAAGCAGUGCCAGCAGAAGGACACGGAAGGUUGCUGGAUUAAAUUUAAACUGGACCAGUUGGUUGGGGAGGAUAACUACGAGGCUGAAAUUCUGAAUCAGAGAGACUGUCCGGAACCACCCAGUGUUACAGCUAUCAUCGGAGGCUCCAUCGCGGGUGUGGCUCUCAUUGGCAUCCUUCUGCUCCUGAUUAUCAAGUUCUUAAUCUACAUGAAGGACAUGAAAGAGUUCAAGAAAUUUGAAAAUGAAAAGAAGAAAUCCAAGUGGGCAGAGGCUGACAACCCACUGUUCCAGAAUGCCACCACCACCGUGACCAACCCAACCUUCACUGGAGAAUGAGUAUUUACCCUGCAGCAAAGUAUUCAUACAGCAAACACAGCUGUGGAAAGAGUUCAGUGCAAACCUGUGUAUCUGAAUUAUGUAAUGCUUAUUUGUAAUGCUUAUAUAUUAUUGUAAUGCUUAUAUAUUAUUGGCAAAUGUUACUGCUUUCCAUUUUCAUGUUCACAGAUUUAUUUACUGGCAUUAAUGCUGACUUGUCUACCAAGGCCUUUCCUACUGAUGAAUUACUAUCCAAAGAUGCAUUGUAUUACCCUGCUUAUUUCCAAAUGAUGCACAUUUUUCCUCAUUGCUUGUAAUAAUGACAUAACGUUAUAGUAAGCUAUUUUAAGAAGUUAAAUGAGAUUGAAAUAUAGUGUGGCUUAUAAUAUACACAAUAUAUACAGUGGGAGAAUUUAGAAUGGUGCAGAAUAUAAUAAUAGCAUACACUGAAUGUAUCAUGUAAGUUGCUUUUCUGUUGAUAUGGCACAUUCUUUUACUGAUUUCCAUAAUGAUUCCUUCUAAAAUGUGUUUAAAAUGCUAUUUGAAUUGGAAGUAAAACCAAUGAAUAAAGAUCAAAGUUAAACAUU